UCUAUACCAACCAUCAUUGGAUGUGGUGUAGAUAAAGUAAACGAUCAUGCCAUACCACGAAUGCUGAGGUGGGUGUGCCAACAAUCACCAAAGUCCCAAACUAUAAGCCAGGUGUUUGACUCGCCAAUGUUUAUAAUUAAGGCGGUCAUUGAGAUGACACCUGAAGAGGAGCAAUUGAAAAUUGCUUCAGGUGAACUUUUUGAAAACUUCCGCUCAUCUACCAUUAUUCAGUCGAAGAAUGGUGGUUCAAAAAGAGUACGAGAAGUUGUUAACGAUGAAGAUGAGUUCAAAAAGAGUAAGAAACAGAAGUCCAAGAUUAAGAUGAAAAAGGCUAUUCGAAAUCUCCAAGAUCGAGUAGCGGUUGUUGAAGGGCAACUUAAUACUAUAAAAUCCGAUAUUGACGAAUUGAAGGGCCUGAUGUCAACCAUAUUGAAGCACAUUGGACUUCAAAGAAAGGGUGACGAAGGGGACCACAAGGUGUUCGAAGGCUUAGUAGAUCAUACAUUAGAAAGUAAAGAUGUGGAUAAUGCUAAGACCGAAGAUGUUGACACAGGCGGUACCCCUAAUUGGUUGAGGAUGCCAAAGGAGGAUGAACACAUUGAAGUUAAAAAGAAGGGUGACGAAGAUGUGUUGGAGAAGAAGGUUGAUAUUGGUUUAGAGGAGCCAAUAGAUGUCGUUGACGAUGAGGACGUCAUAGAGAUAGAACCAUUUCUCACUCAACGACCACACGUUCGGCCCGCCCGUAGGAAGCGUGCAAGUGUUUACCUAUCAACCCCAUUCACAACUCUACCUAAACGGUCUCUGACAUCAACCACCAGCACCUCUGAGUCUGAAGCAAUUGUUUAUGAUCCUAUGCACAAAAUACUUGACGUCCAUUUAGAUAGACUUCGAGCUUGGAUUACAGACAAGCGUACAGACGAUGAGCUGCGUGAAACCUUUCAUGGGAAAAAAUCGAAGGCUUUUUUCAGAGACUUGUUUAUGUGUCGCCGGUGGUUGUCGGAUGAGCAUUUGGAUGCACUUUUUCUUUUCAUUCGCUUGAAGAUUAAGGCAGCCGGGAUACCUUCUUCUCAGAACUUCACAACUGCAGACACAAUCUUUAUGCGCAUUUUAGUUUCGAAGUGGCCCCUAUACAAAGAAUGUAUUAAAGAGAAUCGCCCGUUUGACUGGGACGAAGAGUAUAGGUUGGUUGACUAUGUUGUCGGGUCAAAAGUGGACUUCCAAGAUCCUUGGGCAAGUGUUGAUUACGUUUACUCUCCAUUCAAUGUCCAUGGCAACCAUUGGGUUCUAUUAUGCUUGGAUUUGGUAAGUUGUCCAUGGCAACCACUAUCAACUGACCCCGAUAUUUGUUCUUAAGAAAUGUUCCGUCCAUGACUAUGACCGGUCUAAUGCAAUUUAAGAAUCCUCUAACACAUGCACCAACAGCCAUAAAAAGAUAUUUAAAGAAACGAUCAUCUUCGAGUUCCAUGUGAAAUAUUGUACCUGAAUUUGUAAAUUUGAGUGCUUCACCAUAUCUACGCAAAAGAUUAUAUGACUCUUCAGGAGACCCUCGCACUCGUUCAUAUGCAUUUUCUCUGGCACGCCAUGCUUUCUCAUAACUCAUAUUUAUGCCAUAGUCUUGCCUCAUGUCUUCUAUGAUAUCACGUGGUUUGUAUAUGCGACCGGGCCCCUUGAAUUUGGACUUUAUUAAUUCUCCAACAACCCAAGAUUUUGCUUGCCUAUGGUCACGAUUCAAAAACUCAAGAGAACAUGAAUGAA